UCAUCCGACAUCUCCGGCUAAAAGGAGGCAGCCAUGCAAGCGCCCCAAGUCAACUGCGUGGCCGCGGCCUUGGCCCGGUUCUGCACCGCCGCUCGGAACAUGGAACAGGCGGUCAUGAUCCCCAGUCUGCUGCGCGAGGUCGGCGUGGAGGAGUCCGCCAACACACCAAGCUCCGAGGCCAAGGACAUGUAUGAACUUUACGUGAAGCUGAAGAACAUCAGGAUGACCCUGGAGCACGGCGUGGUCCCAGCGGGGGUCCAGAACACCGACUCCGAGGAGAAGACGGCAAACGCGGGGAACAACGAAGGGAUGAUCUAUCACCACCUGGCGGGGCUCUUCUGCAUCCUCGGCCAGCUGACCAAAGAGUCCAACGCGUUGACCAGCAGGUACAAUGACCUCAUCGGGACGCCCGAGGGGCGCUGACCAUGGAGGGACGCGGACGCCGCAUCGACCGGGACCGCGUGGCCGUCACUGAACUUUACACGCAACAAACGUAACUAAACAUUCGAAUGUUCCAAACCAGUCCACACCAGCGAGCGUGCGGAGGGAACUGGUCUGGCCGCGGUCCCAGCAGACAUUUUGGACACAUUUUUUUUUGUUUUUUUCGGGGGCUACGUGGCUAAUAAAGUAAAAGAAUAAUGACGUUUGAGUUUGUAUCUUCGGUAAAACAUAUAACAGGUAUUCAGG